AUGAGAGAAAGUUUUUUUAGUUGUGUAAUCUAUUACGGUCCAAACCGAGAUGCUGGUCAUAAUUCAUGUGAAAUUCCACUCGACUGUAUUCAUCCGAACCCAGGACCUGUGAAGAACCCAUGUGUACUCUGCGAAAGAGCAAUAAUUGCAAAAAACCAUAAGUUUAUUUGCUGCGAAGAUUGUCGACUCAAAUUUCACAUUAAAUGUGCUGGAAUUACAGUCAAGAAAUAUUUGCUCAUGGUUUCUGGCAACAAAAGUUGGACCUGUCAACCAUGUUAUUUGAAAUUUAUGCAGGAACUUCUAUUUCACUCCACAUUAUUGAACUCUUCGCAGGCAAAAAAUUUAAAUCUGUCUGCUGUUUCUGAUGUAUCAGAACAAGUGGCGGAUGAACGAGAAGACUUUUCAUUUUUAAGGAAGGAGUAUUGCAAGGAAUUUAUCAUCACUUCUUACAAUAUUGUUUAUUGUUUAUUGUUUAUUGUUUUGUUUGCCAAAAAUUAUACAAAUCAAAUAAAAUCUAAUUACCUAAACUCUCAUGGCGAGGAAGCCCAAGAGAAGCCACCGGGCUUAUAAGGAAUGGGCUCCCUCAGUUAGAUAAUUAGAACAAAAUAUUAUCAUAAUUACACACGGGAAAAUCAAUGGCAGAGCUACAGUAAAUCUUAAAAUAAGUAUAUUAGAUAGUCGUACUAAUCAUAGUUCUAGGCUAAAAAAAGCGAAAUGACAAAAAGAAAAAAAACAAAAACAAAACAAAACAAAAGAAAAUAAAAGAGCAAAGGAAGAAAAAAAAAAUACAUAUAUAUAUAUAAAUUACUAUUUAUGAUAAGAGGAAUUGCUUUCAGCUUACAGCAAAAGGAAGCGGUACUUGUUGCAUUUCGAAUUUCAAAACUAAGAGAGUUAAAAAAUUUAGGACCUUGGAAACUGAUGGAGAACUUUCUUAUAUUAGUCCUGCAUUGUGGUAAUUAAAAAUGCUCCGAACUUCUAGUGCCAUAAGAAUGCACCUGGCGUGUCACCAGAAACAUGUUAUUGAAGCUAGCAAGCUAGCGAGUAUUAUAGUUUUCCUAGUCAUGUUUUUAGUAUGUGGCUUUUUAGUCAGUCUUAGCUUUUUAUAUUUUAUGUUUUUAAUACCAAAUUUUUUAUAUGUAUCUAUUUAUUGACUUGUUUUUAAAAUUGAAUAAUAUUAUAUAGUUGUAAUUAUUAUAGAUUUUAUUAUUAUAUUAUAGAUUUUAUUUAUUAUUGUAGAUUUUAUUUAUACAUGUUCGUAUUUUGAACGAGUUUUUUAGCUCUUUGACGCAACGUAUUAAAAUAAAUGAUUGAUUGAUCGAUUGAUUGAUAUAAACAGUCUGUAAAGCAAAUUUGUAGAGGUUAAGGAAUGGCUCGAUCAGCGAGUGUUCGAUGUAUUUAACAAUUAA